AUGGCGAAAAAAAGAAUGAUUGAACGACUUGAUUUAAUUUUGAAGGACUUAAUGGAUUCAACGAUACUAUUUGGUGGAAAAGUUGUAGUUCUUGGAGGUGACUUCAGGCAGACAUUGCCGGUAGUUCGGAACGAAAAAAAGGAAGAUUUUAUUAAUGAAAGUUUACUGUAUUCUCAUCUUUGGGAAGAACUUGAAAGGCUGCGACUAUUCGAAAAUAUGAGAGCGAAAGAUGAUCCUUCAUUCUGUAAUUAUUUGUUGCGAAUAGGAAACGGAGAAGAAAAAGUAAACUCAACAAACAAGAUUGAAAUUCCAACUUCUUUGAUCAUUCCUUAUACAACCGAACAGGAAUCUUUGGAUAAAUUAUUCGCGAUAACUUAUCCAAAUGUGCAUAUAUUUUUUUCCUCCUCAUGCUACACAAGUUCCCACGUUAUCUUAACAACUAAGAAUGAUUUCGUCGACGAUAUCAACGACAUGCUUGUUGCUCGUUUUCCAGAAGAAUCAAAAACUUUUAUUGGUAUUGAUGAAACUACUGAACAUCAUGACCAAUCACAAUUUGAGGAUCUGUUGCACAGUUUAAAUCCACCUGGUCUGCCUCCUUACUAA